ACUCACCACUAGAAUUUCUGGCUCCAGGGAGCCACCUCGAGCCUUUGCUGAAACUGAAGUUUUUUCCUCGGAAUCUCGCUACUCUCAAGUAAUUGCAGUUCUGAGUACUCUCUGCGCCAGCUGUAUCUGGUAUCAUGGGGCGCCUCUUCCUGAGCAUGGCGCUGCUGUGCGCAGUGCUGGUGGCGGCGAGCCAGUGGCGCGGCGCGCAGGCACAGACCAACGAGAUGACCAAGGAGUUUGUGUGCAGGCCGGAUGCGACGUGGAACAGAUGGUACAACUACUCGUGCGCGUGCCACGGCCUCAAGGUGUUCGAGACCGAGUACUACUUCAUCGACAAGCCCCUGAUGGAGCUGGGCGUCACGUGCCCGGGCCCCAACUUCAUGGCGUUCGGCCGCAUGGCGUUUGGCAACCCGUGGCUGGAGUCGGUGGGGUACCGCUACUGGAUUAGCGAGCUGAAGAAGUGCGCCAACAAGCCGUACCGCGGCAAGGGAGUGCAGAUCUGCAAGAUCCCCAACAUCUGGAACCGCAGAGACCUGUACGUCGGCGGGGGUUACGUGCCCCGAACCGGCAAGAUCAAUGGCCGCCCCUGGACCUGGAACCCCGAGCCCCCCUACUCCAACCACCCCAGGUCCUGGACCUUUGACAGCAGGGCAGGGAUUGUGAUUGGGAGUUAAGUCAGCAGCAAACCCCGGGACUGGAACCCCGAGGCCCCCUACGUAUUGGAAGGGCCUUGGGCAUGGACACACGCGUGCAGAGAUUCCACGGGGGGGUGUGGUCAAGGCGCCUGAAUCCAGUUCAUGGCAGUCACAGAGGCUAGAAUUGCGUGGUUCGGCUGCCAAGGGCUCGUUCUUGAAUGGGUAGAGGCGGGGAGACAUGGGUGUGGCAUGCGUGUAGGAAUAACUUAUGUAUGGAUGCAUCUACCGUAUAUGGGUAACAGAGGAGCUUUGGAAAAUAUGUACCCGCUCAGGCACUCAAACAGAUGGACUGACCAAUGAAGUUUCAAAGGUGGUCCACACUCCACACACAACCGAGAGAUGAAGCCCGACGAAUCAUGAAUAUACAGUGCAAAAUAUUGAG